CUUUAAACCCGGCUGAGCCCAGGGCCUCAGCUUACAAGCUUGGGCGCCGGGACCCCGUACGUCUUGUGUGGACUGCGCCUGCGCCAGCUGCGGGCCCUGCAGAUUUUUGAACAUGAAUCCUUUCCUUUUUCUGGCUAUCAUUUGCUUGGGAAUAGUCUCAGCUGCGCUAAAACAUGAUCAAAAUCUAGAUGCUCGGUGGCAUCAGUGGAAGUCAACACACAAGAGACCAUAUAGCACGAAUGAAGAAGAUUGGAGGAGAGCAGUCUGGGAGAAAAAUGUGAAGAUGAUUGAACUGCACAAUCAAGAAUACAGCCAAGGAAAGCAUGGCUUCACCUUGGGCAUGAAUGCUUUUGGGGACAUGACCAAUGAAGAAUUCAGACAGGUGAUGAAUGGCUUUCAAAUCCAGAAACAUAAUGGGAAGACAUUCCAUGAAUCUUCUUCUGAUAAUAUCCCCAAAUCUGUGGAUUGGCGUCAGAAAGGUUAUGUGACCCCUGUGAAGAAUCAGGGUCAAUGUGGUUCUUGUUGGGCUUUUAGUGCAACUGGUGCCCUUGAAGGACAGAUGUUCCGGAAAACUGGCAGCCUUGUUUCUCUCAGUGAGCAGAACCUGGUGGACUGCUCUCGGUCUGAAGGCAAUGAGGGCUGCAAUGGGGGCCUCAUGGAUAAUGCUUUCCAGUACAUUAAGAAAAAUGGAGGCCUGGAUUCAGAGGAAUCAUAUCCUUAUCUUGGAACGGACACAGGGGAUUGUCACUACAAUCCUAAGUAUUCUGCUGCCAAUGAUACUGGCUUCAUAAACAUCCGUCAGCUGGAGAAGGACCUGAUGAAGGCAGUGGCAAGUGUGGGUCCCAUCUCUGUUGCUAUUGAUGCAAGCCUGAUGACCUUCCAGUUCUACAAAAAUGGAAUUUAUUUCGAUUCAAGCUGCAGCAGCAAGGAUCUGGACCAUGGUGUUCUGGUGGUUGGCUAUGGCUUUGAAGGAAAAGAAUCAGACUCAAACAACAAAUACUGGAUUGUCAAGAACAGCUGGGGCACAACUUGGGGUGUAGAUGGGUACAUAAAGAUGGCCAAGGACCGAGACAACCACUGUGGAAUUGCCACGGCAGCCAGCUACCCUACCAUGUAAGAGCAGACGCACUACUCGGAAAAGGAAGAUUCCUGGAUGGCUUUCCCGAAGGGAUGUUAUCUUAGAACUGACCAGCCCUUAUUAUUGGGAUGAAACACUUGAAUCAUUGAAGAUCCAAGUUGUGAUUUGAAUUCUGUGACAUUUUUACACUGGUAAAAUGUUACCACUACUUUAAUUACUGCUGUAAACAGUUUUGUAAUAUUGACUCAUUGCUUGAUGUUAAGACUUGAACUUCCAUUAAAAAAGAAGUAUAUAAAGUCUGACCUUUUUAAAUAAAACUUAAAUUUCAUGUGUAAA